CGACAGAAGCAAGAUGGCGUCGGGCCAGAGGGCCUUCGCCCAAAAGCUGUCAAAACAACAUGCAGCUGAUGUGCGAAGGACAGUGCGGGAUAUUACAACAGGGAAAGACCCGCCACGUUCAGCCAGUGUAUCAACUAUCUCUGCACAUGUUCCCCUUCAAGAGGUAGUAGAACCUGUUGAUUAUGAAGACUUCAUUGAUCAGCACCAGCUUGAGGCAGACAGAGACCCUGCCCGUGGGAUACUCCACUUUCCCAAUGAUGACAUAGUUGUAACAUGUAUUCCAAGACACAUUCGAACUGUGCAUCCAGUUGUGCCAGAUGAUGGGGAUGGCUUCGAUGCACAUGUGGCAGACUGUGUUCGGUGCUAUACAAAAGACUGGCUACAUGUCAGUCGGCAGUACCUACAUCAUUCCACAUCAGUACCUGGGCGGAACCAGCUGACAGCAGAGCGCCUUGCACAUUUGCAGUCUUGUCCACAACCUGAAUUCGAAGUAGACUUGGAUGAUGACCGGGGACACGAUGAUGUUGAGAGACAAGAUAUGGUUGGAAGCCGUCACUCCUCCCACCUGUCUGAUACACCAAGGGGAAGCUGGGCAAGUUCAGUCUUUGAUCUACGAAAUUCCGUAGCAGAUCCUCUACUGCCAUCCUUACUUUCUCGUAUUCCCUUGGACACAGUAGAUAACAACAAUCAACAAUCGAGGCAGGAAAACAGACAGGAAUCCCUGUUUGUACUUUAUCCCCCCCAAGAUGAGGAGGACAUGAUAGAGAGGAGGCAAUACCCAGAGGUCCCCAUGCCCCACUCUGGCCAUCGCAUCCAAGUAAAGUGCAUUAACUUGAGACUUGAGUUGGAGAUCGAGCCAGUCUUUGCCACCAUGGCUCUCUAUGACUUGAGGGAUAAGAAGAAGGUGUCAGAGAACUUUUGCUUUGACAUGAAUCCUGAGCCUCUCAAGAGGAUGUUAACGUCACACAUUCCAUAUCAGGAUAUAUCAACACUCAGCCGUACCUGCAUUUUUGAUAUUACCUACCCUUCAAGUGAUUUAUUUUUAGUAGUUCGUCUUGAGAAGAUUCUGCAGGGAGACAUCAGUGAUGUUGUUGGACCUUACAUGAAAGAUGAUGCUAACCGAGAGAAGUUGAAGGCAGCAGCUGUUGCAAGUUGUGAACGACUUGGUAAAUAUCGUAUGCCGUUGGCCUGGACUGCAAUUAAUCUUAUGAACAUCUUCACGGGAGUCCAUGGAGAUCGUGAGAAUGCUCCUGAAAGAGAACCAUCAGGAUCAAACAGUCUAGACCGAAAGCAGAGUUCAUCCAGUUAUGAUGAGCUGAAACGAAAGAGUGGUUCAGGGUCAUUGACACGUAGAGGAUCCCUAGAAAGGCGAAGCUUCAGUGAGAAGAGACGGAGCUGGUCUCCUGAAGAAUUUGGAGCAUGUCUGGAUUCCUUCAGACCAGUUACUCUAACUGUGUCCUCAUUUUUCAAACAGGAGGGAGAUAAACUGCGUGAUGAUGACCUUUACAAGUUCCUUGCUGAUCUCAAACGACCCUCAAAUCAGUUGAAGAAAAAAUGUCUCCCGGGUCUACUCAAAUUAGAUAUAUCUCCAGUUCGGGACCAGCCUAAGUACUGCCUCACAGCAGAGCUAUCCAGACUGCAUCCUUAUCCAGCAGAUGAGACAGAGGAGGAGGAAGAUAAGGAUUAUGAGAAAUGUCGACCAAUUAAAGAGAUCGUCGAGUUCCCUCCAAGAGAUAUUUUUGUCCCUCACUACUCCUACAGGAAUCUCCUCUUUGUUUCACCAAAAGAUCUGAAUUUCAGUAACAGACCAGGUUCUGCACGGAACAUUGCUGUAAAGAUACAGUUCAUGGCUGGGGAAGAAGAGUCAGCUGCCAUGUCAGUCAUUUUUGGCAAAUCAUCGUGCCCAGAGUUCACCACAGAAGCAUAUACUGCAGUCACUUACCAUAACAAGUCCCCAGACUUCUAUGAUGAAUUCAAGAUCAAGUUACCUCCAGUGCUUGGUGACCAACACCACAUUUUAUUCACAUUCUAUCACAUUUCUUGUCAGAAGAAAAAUGAAGAAAAAACAAUUGAAACUCCUGUUGGGUAUACAUGGCUGCCUGUAUACCGUGAUGGAUGCCUCCAAACUGGUGAACAUAGCCUGCCAGUGAUGAUGGAGCGGCCCCCAAGCAACUACUCCUAUAUCACAGCAGACAUACAAUUACCAGGUACAAAGUGGGUCGAUAACCACAAGGGCCUUUUCACUGUCCUGGUUGAGGCAGUGUCAUCAGUACAUGCACAGGAUAAGCAUAUUGAUAGAUUUUUCCAUCUGUGUAAAAUGGUGGAGGAGGGUAAUAUUCCAGCUCGUAUUGGUGAAGCUAAUAUGGAGGGAGAACUGAAGAAGGCAAUGGGAGAUCUGAUAAACUGUCAUGCUGAACCAUUAGUGCGAUUUGUCCCUGUGCUGUUAGACCGCCUCAUAUCUCUCAUGGUUCGGCCACCCACUCUUGCUGGGCAGCAAGUCAAUAUUGCCCAGGCUUGUUUUGAGACAGUUGGCACACUUGUUGGGCGAAUAUCUGGACUAUUGGAGGACAAGAAUGAUCAGCAUGGACGUAACAGCACCCUUCUAACGUAUGUGGCAUAUCAGGCAACUUUACCUCAUCCAGAUGAUAGCCCACCUGUUGUAACUGCCCAGCCGCACCCUCCUCACCCACCAACCUCAGUCCCCACUCAUCGAAAGUAUUCUAGAAGUAGCAGUAACCCUGAUUUAGGUCAGGAUGCUGAUGCUGAAGUAGGAGGAAUCUUAUCAAGAGGAUUGGACAGAACCAACUCAAUGAGAACAGACAAUGACGAGGAGCAAACUGAUAAGAAAGGUGGGAACUACGAAAAUCUCAUGUCGUUGCAGCGACUCCCAGGAAGAAAAGUAGUACAUGAAGAAGUGGCCCUCCAGUGGGUAGUGUCAAAUGGCACAGGCAGAGAAAAAGCUCUAGCAAAUUCAUGGUUCUUCUUUGAGUUGAUGAUAAAGUCCAUGUCGGAACACCUAGCCCGUACAGGAAGGCAGGACACUUUGCGCAAGAUGAGGUUCUCCCACCAGUUCUGUGAUGACGUUGAGAACUUGACCAACACCAUCACAAAUGACAUCAUUGCUCUCCAUAACAAAGAUGUCCGAGAUACCAGAUACACCAGAAAGUUUGUACAGAAUGUGAACAGCAGCCUUGCCUUCUUUUUAUGUGAUCUACUGUCGGUGAUGGAUAGAGGAUUUGUUUUCAUGUUAAUCAGAAACUACUGUAAGCAGAUGAGCAACAAGAUAAUGAAUCUACCAGAUGCUGCAGCACUGAUUAAUCUGAAGCUGGAUUUUGUACGAAUUGUAUGCAGUCAUGAACACUUUGUGGCUCUGAAUUUGCCAUUCUGCACACCAAUCUCAGCAACCUCGGCUCCAUCAUCCCCCUGUCCCUCGAUUGGGUCAACAACUAGUCAGUCAUCCUUCAUCUCCACUGUGAUUGGUGGAAAUCGUAGUGCUUUUAUGAUGCUUUCAAACUCUUUCAGACAACAGCACUUCCUUGUUGGUCUUGUGUUGUCAGAUUUGGCUACUGCUCUUGAGAUAAACAAUCCCAGUAUUCAUGGAAGAGCAGUGAACUCUGUGAGAAACUUGUUGACAAGCCAUGACACAGAUGAACGUUUCACAGAGCCAGAAGUAAAGGCAAGAGUGGUGGCUUUGUAUCUACCACUCAUCAGCAUUGUCAUUGAUGCAUUACCUCAGCUGCACACAUUUGCCAGUAAUAAAAACCGGAAUUUGAUGUCCUCUGUCAGUGAUGACAAUGAUGGAGUUGCAACACACAUCCACCAAAAUGUUGCUUUAGCCAUUGCUGGUUCUUCUAUGUUUGCUAAUAGGGAGAGCGACUAUGAUGUCAUACAAGGGACAUCUGAAGAGGAGAUAGAGAAUCAACAGCAGCCUCGCAAGUGCCCCUUGAGUUCCGAGACGACCCGCAACAUGCUCAUCUGCCUACUCUGGGUCCUAAGUAAUGCGGAUGAAGUUACUCUCCGUCACACGGAAAGAAGAUCUCCCUUCGAGGUGGAGGGCCAAGUCUACGAUGCAAAGCAGACAUGAAGAGCCGUUUGGAAGAAGCCAUCAUGGGUCAGAAUUCUGCACGUUCGGAAAUGAUGCUCCGGCGUCGAGGUAACACUCCUUCCAACACCCCUCAUGUUGUUGGAUUAUCACAGUUCUACAUCCAGGGAGCAGAACGCAACCCACCGUCGCCUUCUGGAACUGGUGAGCGACUCCGUUGGCGCAAGGAGACCUUCCCCUGGCGCCACCAACAGCAGGAUACAGAACGGUCGACUCAUCAAGAGUUAGAACAGGAAUCACAAGUUGAGGGCCACCUGGCGAGUGAAGCUAAUAUGAUAAUUCUUGAUACUUUGGAGAACAUUGUACAGGUGGUCACAAAUGCAGAUCACCUCCAGGGACUGCUGAGUGUGGUAUUCAGAGUACUGCUUCAUGCUCUUGCUUCAAACCAGUCAACUACAUCACUGACAAAUAUGUUCAACACACAGCGAGCUCUUGUUGCCAAGUUCCCAGGGCUACUGUUUGAUGAGGAAACAGAGCAAUGUGCAGACUUGUGCCUGCAGCUUCUGAAGCACUGCUCAUCUUGCAUUUGCACAAUACGAUCCCAUGCUGCUGCAUCUCUGUACCUACUCAUGAGGCAUAAUUUUGAGAUUGGCAAUAACUUUGCUCGAGUAAAAAUGCAGGUUACUAUGUCUUUGAGUUCACUUGUGGGUACCUCUCAGACUUUCAAUGAGGCUUAUCUCCGACGUUCCUUGAAGACCAUCCUUACUUAUGCAGAGGAGGAUGCUGAUCUGCAAGAUACUUCUUUCCCUGAACAGGUGCGAGAUUUAGUGUUCAACUUGCAUAUGAUCUUGUCUGAUACUGUCAAGAUGAAAGAGUAUCAAGAGGAUCCUGAGAUGCUGCUUGACUUGAUGUAUAGAAUAGCUCGAGGCUACCAAAACUCCCCAGACCUGCGCUUGACCUGGUUAGCCAGCAUGGCUCAGAAGCACAGUGAAAGAGUUCAGCAUGCUGAAGCUGCCAUGUGCUUGAUCCACAGUGCAGCUCUUGUGUCGGAAUACCUAUACAUGCUGGAGGAUUGUCCUCACCUUCCCACUGGAGCUGUUACCUUCUGUAAACUUUCACCAAAUGUUUUAGAGGAAAGUGCAGUGUCUGAUGAUGUUCUGAGCCCAGAUGAAGAGGGUAUAUGUACAGGAAAAUACUUCACAGAAAAUGGAUUAGUUGGGCUUUUGGAGCAGGCAAGCUCAUCUUUGCAGCAGGCUGGUAUGUUUGAAUGUUUGAAUGAGGUCUACAAGAUCUUGACUCCCAUUGCUGAGAAGAACAGAGAUUGGAAGAAGCUGAUCAAUAUAUACUCAAAACUUCACGAUGCUUUCUCAAAGAUUGAUGCACUAGAGGGAAGAAGAAUAUUUGGAACAUACUUCAGAGUUGGGUUUUAUGGAUCCAAGUUUGGUGAUCUCGAUGGAGAAGAGUUCAUCUACAAGGAACCUAUGCUUACUAAGUUACCUGAGAUAUCUCACAGAUUAGAGGCCUUUUACAGUGACCGUUUUGGUGCAGAAAACAUUUUGAUGAUAAAGGAUAGUAACACAGUUGAUGCCACCAAACUGGAUUCUGACAAAGCUUGUAUUCAGAUCACUUAUGUUGAGCCUUAUUUUGAUGAAUAUGAAUACAGAGACAGAGUUACUUCUUUUGAGAAAAAUUAUAACAUAAAGCGGUUCAUCUUCUCAACACCAUUCACACCUGAUGGCAGAGCACAUGGAGAGCUUCAUGAGCAAUAUAAGAGGAAGACAAUCCUGACAACACAACAUAUGUUCCCAUAUGUCAAGACCAGGAUCCAAGUUGUUGACAGAAUGUCUUGGGUGUUGACUCCAAUUGAAGUUGCUAUUGAAGACAUACAGAAGAAGACAAAGGAGUUAUCUGCAGCCAUCAACCAAGAUCCUCCAGAUCACAAGAUUCUACAGAUGGUGCUUCAGGGGUGCAUUGGAACAACAGUGAAUCAGGGACCAAUGGAGGUUGCCCACAUUUUCCUAUCAGAUCUGGUUGACAGCAGGAAGCCCCCUAACAGGCUUCAAAAUAAACUUCGUCUCUGUUUCAAGGACUUCUCCAAAAAAUGUCAAGAUGCAUUACGGCGUAACAAAACACUGAUUGGCUCUGACAUGAGGGAGUACCACAGGGAGCUGGAAAGGAAUUAUAACAGAUUUAUUGAAGGUUUAUCACCAAUGAUUACAGUCAAUCAUCUUACCAGACAAAUGAGCACAAUAAGCUCAACACCCCAAAUUUGGGUGACUUCAGGAGUGACUUCCUGGCAUCACUCUUCUGGGAGCACGAGCUCAGUGGAUACUCUGGUGUCGGGAGGCUCUGCAGAUUCUGAUCCAGGGCUAGCCUCUGGAACGGAAUGCUAGGGAGGCUGGCGUGUAGUAUUCACACUUUAGUCAGGGUUGCACAGUAAGUAGCUUUGCUUGAGCUU